ACUAAAACAGUUUGUGACAAAGUUUGAAGAACAGCUGUCUUUAAUAAUUAGAGGACUGUUCGACCAGUCUGAACAAAAUUGGUAUUAGGCCUAUAUGGGAUGUUGAGCUUGAAAAAACUGGGAGUUGAUCAUAUGAGAAAAGUUUAGCAUAAUGUUUAAUAGUAUUUUCCAAUGUAUCUAGCAUAGUUGGAAUCCAGUCCAACACGGUCAUUAGUUGCCUGUAUUUUUUGACAAAUCACAAUGGCGCUAUCCAUAGGCCUACUUCUGCGAAGUAAAAUAUGUCCUCAAGGACUACUAUGGACAACAAGACAAUUACCAGCGAUGUCAAAUGUAAUGCUACAUUUCAAUGUGGAACAGUCCAUUCUAAAGCCCAAUUCAAUUUUAAUCAAGAAAUUAGAUACAAGCUCGGAGAACACUCUCAGAAACUUCUCAACAAGUGAAAGCCGUUUUGCUAGUGCAGCAGGCAAAUACCACGUACAUCUGUGGACAUUUGAAAGAAUUCUUUCUUUUUCCCUGCUUGGACUCAUUCCAUCAAUUUUCUUCUUCGAAUCAAAAGAAUUGGAAAGUGCAAUGGCCACAUGUGUAUCCUUGCACGCUUAUCUGGGAAUGGAUUCAAUUUUGACCGACUACGCCGCAACUAGAGGUACGAUUAAGGCAAAAAUAACAAAAGGAAUAUCAAUUCUGUUGGGUGUAGCCAUGCUGGCGGGUUUGCUCAAUAUUAUACACAAUGAUAUUGGAUUAGCUGAGCUGCUCAGAAUGAUAUGGAGAUUGGGCAAGGAAGAAGGUGAUGAGCAGCAACCUGCAAUCAAACACCCCAAAUUUGAUGAAUGAAUUAAUUAAUCUCAACAUUGUUUUCAUUGUAAUUUGUCAUUGAUAUUAAAAAAAAUUACUCACAA